AUGUUAAACCAACGUACUAUGUCACGAGAAGACGAAAUUUUGAGAGAUCUUCGGUUUUAUAGACUUCAAAAAGAUACAUUGGAAAAAGCAGUUAAAUAUGUUAAAGAUGAACCACGUAUUGAAAAGUUGAUCAGUUACUGGCGUACAAUUGCACAGAUGGCUUCUAAUUAUGUUUAUAAUGAGCAAUCGGUAAAGUUUUCACGAUGUGGUGGAUUUAGAAAAUGGCAAGAGGAAACUUGGGAACGCGAAAUCGCUGAAGAGAGGAGUAAAUUGAACGAUGCGCGUGAGAUGUUGCUUUUAGAGCUUAAAGACAUGCAAAAAGAGAUGGACGAGGAAGAUAUUGAGUGCAUCAUGAAAGAAUUCAAUGAAUUGCAUGGCUUGGACGACGACGGUGAGGUUAUAGACGAAAAGGAGAUGCCAGAGUUCACUGAUGACUUCACCAUGAAAGAUCUCUAUAGAAUUUUGAAACUCGAUUAUGAUCUCGUUUAUGAGACAUAA